AUGGAAACGCGUGAAAGUAUAUUAGCCACCUAUGGCAUUCCAAUGCCACUUUCACGAACUUCACGAAAUUCAAACGGAGGUCCUCCUAAUCGAAGAGCUACGUCAGGUACCACUGAUAGUCGUACUAGCAAACGAUAUUCUAUGACUAUGCUCUACUCAAUGGCCGCUGAACAAGAUGUUGAAGUUGAAGAUGAUUUGGCCAAAGACGUUCGAUAUUUGGACUCUCGGAUAGCGUUAUUAAUUCAAAAUCGCAUGGCGUUAGAUGAGAAGCAGGAGGUGGAAAGUCAUCUUGAAGACAUAGAGCCAUUAGAUGGAUUUUUUCCAGAUGAUCGUAAAUUACAACAAUACGGAAAUUUAUUUUUUCUCCUUCAGACGGAACCGCGUCACAUUGCUAAUCUAUGUCGCCAUGUUAGUCUCACCGAAAUCGAUACCUUACUACAGACGGUAAUGUUUACGCUGUAUGGGAAUCAAUAUGAGAGUAGAGAAGAACAUUUACUGUUGACGAUGUUUCAGUCGGUGCUUUCCAAUCAAUUUGAGCAGAUAAGCGAUUUCAAUUCGUUACUUCGAGCAAAUACCCCUGUCUCUCGUAUGAUGACAACGUAUACCCGUCGGGGUCCUGGUCAGAGUUAUUUAAAGUCAGUGCUAUCAGAACGAAUUAAUAAUCUGAUAGAACACAAAGAUUUGAACCUUGAAAUAAAUCCUCUAAAAGUUUAUGAACAAAUGAUAAAAAAAUACGAAGAAGAAAAUAAACCAUUACCUGAUAAUCUUCUUCCCAGUGUAACGUCAGAAGUUGCUGCUGCAAAUCCCGAUGUGCAGGCUAUUAUAGCCCCACGAAUAAAAAUGUUAAUGGAGAUUGCAAAUUCUUUCCUCCAAACAAUAAUGGACUCUAUCGAACAGACUCCUUAUGAAUAUGCCAUCUGCACAUUAAUCGGUGGAUUUUUCUUCCUCCGGUUUGUGAAUCCGGCAAUUGUUACUCCGCAAGCAUAUAUGCUAGUAGAAGGUAUACCGGGGAAGUACCCACGACGGACAUUGACUCUGAUUGCAAAAGUAUUACAAAAUCUUGUAAACAAACCAACUUAUUUGAAAGAAGAAUACAUGAUUAUGUUAAAUCCUUUUGUUGAAAGUAAUAAACAAAGACUAAAUAAGUUUUUAAUGGAACUAUGUGAGAUGGAUCAAUACAUGGCUCUUUCAAAAAAAGAUCUGGUUAUUAACAUAACGCUGAAUGAAAUUUACAAUACACAUGCUUUACUUGUACAACACCAGGAAGAACUGGCUGCUUCAGAAAAAAGUCACCUGCGAAUGCUUUUGGAAGAAGUAGGUCCAGCACCACCUCAAGUUUCUAGAAAAGAAAAUAAGACAGUAGAGCUCCCUCUGUUUAGUCGAUGGGAAACUCCUAUACAAGACCUUGCCACAGCUCUUUUAUAUGAUAAUAGUGUAACACAAAAUGAUAUUUUAUAUAUGGAAACUAAAUCUAUAUUUGUGCAAAUUAUUCGUUCCACCCCAAAAAUGACUGAACAGCGAUCAAUAAAUCUUCACCAGAUUGCCGAGACAGCAGCAACUAGCAAAGACGCUACUUUGGUUCGUAAAGGUAUCAAAGUAAAAGACAUGCUUCGUGAGCUUGAAGAUGCAUCUGUCAUAGAUCCUAAAGAUGGGUACCGACUCAUGACAGAAGAAGUCACCCAAGAAUUAGCACAUCUUGGUAAUCUACGUGAAAAAGUCACUAAUGAGAUUCAAUCACUUGAAUCUGUAUAUAAGACUAUAUGUGAUCAUAAUAAUUAUCUUCGAAGUCAGUUAGAUAGUUAUAAAGCUUAUUUACAAAAUGUUAGACAGCAAACUGUAAAAGAUAGUGCUGGUGGUUUUGGAUCAAGCAUUAUUAAAGUAGGAGAUAAAGAAAAGAAACCUACAAAACACAAAGCUUUGGGUCCAUAUAAAUUUACACAUACUCAAUUAGAGAGAGAUGGAAUUAUUGUGGAAAGCAAUGUUCCAGAAAAUCGACGGCAGAAUAUUUUCUUUGUUAUCACUUCGCCAAUUCCGGGUACAUUCAUCAUCGCACUUCAUUACAAAGGGCGUGACGCUGCCAUUUUAGAAAUGGAUCUCAAGUUAGAUGAUCUACUAGAAAAGCAACAAGAUAAUGUUGUGUCUUUGGACCUCGAAUAUGUACAGCUUAACGUGAGCAAAAUAUUAUCUUUGCUCAACAAGACAUUUGCGAAGCGAAAGACGUAG